GGGGAAGGCCAGCGAGUGGGCGUGGCCAUCUCCCCUCUGUGUGUGAGGGUGAGUGAGUGAGCUACGCGGGAGCGCGCUCGGUCCUCGGGGAGGGCUCGUGAACGCGGCUGGGAAGCUGGUGCCCGGCUCCGGCGGAGAGCAGCAGUGAGUGAGUAGAGAAGAGAGUGAGUGAGGGGAUCCCGCAAGCUGCGAGUGUCCGGCGGAGCCGCGGGUUCGCCUCCUCCCUGCGGGCGCGCUCGUGCACCACUGUCGGAUUAAACUUGAGCCGAAAUUAAAGAGCCACAAAGGGAGAAGAAGAAGGAGAGCGAGAGGGGGAGCCGGGGAGAGAGCCGCUCGGGGAUUACUGAUACUACACAAGGUGCUGGAGGAGGUCGGGGGAGAAGCGUAAACUCCAGGCACAGCUCUUCCCCCUCCUCCCUCCCCGCAGCCUGGACAGGAGGACAGGGGGGGAGACCGGCGUACGGAGGAGCCACUGAUGAGACAAUAGGGCUGCUGUGGCCGCACUCUGCCAGGAAACCGUUACCAGACUGCCUGACACCGCAUGGUCCGAAAGAACAGAGACAAGAUGGAAUGACGAGAAAGAGAUUAGCUAAGGAUUAACAGCUCUGAGGACAAACACCUUGGUUGUGAGGUGAAGCACAAUUUCACACUCGUGGCUCCAAAGAGCAGUGUGCAGAAGCAAGAUGGCGGAUCCUGGCAUGAUGAGUCUGUUCGGGGAAGACGGGAACAUAUUUAGCGAAGGAUUGGAGGGCCUUGGUGAAUGUGGAUAUACAGAAAACUCUGUAAACUCCAUGGCGCAGCAGAUGCCAAUGGAUCAGGGUUUUGGCUCUUUGCAGUCUCCACUCCACCAUAACCCAAGCAGUCAAAACCAAGCAAAGCUUACCCACUUUGAUCACUAUAACCAGUAUGAGCCACAGAAAAUGCACAUGAUGGACCAGCCUACUAGAAUGAUGGCUAACACUCCCGGGAAUGGUAUUGCCUCUCCACAUUCACAGUAUCAUAACACACCUGUUCCGCAGGUCCCCCACAGUGGUGGACAAAUGGGAGUGUAUCCUGGUAUGCAGAAUGACAGGCAUGGGCCACCGUUUGUAGAAAGUGGUUCUAUGUGGGCACCUAGGGCAGUACAGGUGCCUGAUCAGAUACGGCCUCCUUACCAGCAGCCACAGUCACAGCAGCAACCAUCAACACCUUCAGGACCUCAAGGUCCGUCUCACCCUCAACAUGUUCAGCAGAUGGGUAAUUACAUGGUUCGGGGAGAUUUCGCAAUGCAGCAACAUGGUCCACUACAGUCUCAAAGGGUGAAUCAGUUUUCACAAGGACAAGAUGGUCUUAACCAAGGAAAUCCCUUCCUUGGAGCUGCAGGACCUGGUCACAUGUCUCACGUAGCCCAACAAAAUCCCAACAUGGGGCCUUCACUGCGUCAUUCGGUCCAGCAAUUUCAUCACCAUCCCCCCACUGCUCUUCAUGGAGAAUCUGUUGCUCACAGUCCUAGGUUUUCUCCUAACCCUCCUCAGCAGGGUGCAGUUAGGCCACAGUCCCUUAAUUUUAAUUCACGAAACCAGACUGUACCUUCACCUACGUUAAACUCAGGGCAGUAUUCCCGCUAUCCUUAUAGUAACCUUAAUCAGGGAUUAGUUAAUAAUACAGGGAUGAAUCAGAAUUUAGGCCUUACAAACAACACUCCAAUGUCUCCGUCUGUACCUAGAUACCCAAAUGCUGUGGGGUUUCCAUCAAAUAGCAGUCAAGGACUAAUGCACCAGCAACCCAUUCAUCCUAGCGGCUCACUUAACCAAAUGAACACACAAACUAUGCAUCCUUCACAGCCUCAGGGAACCUAUGCUUCACCACCUCCCAUGUCCCCCUUGAAAGCAAUGAGCAAUCCAGCAGUCACCCCUCCUCCACAAGUUAGGCCUGGCAGCGCGGGGAUACCUUUGGAUGUUGGAAGUUACCCAAAUAUGCCCCAUCCACCCACUCACCAGCCCCCUGCCGGCAUGGGUAUGGGACAAAGGAACAUGGGUCCCAGAAACAUACCACAGGGCCAGGCCUUUAUAGGUAUGUCCUCAACACCAAGGGAGAUGGGUGGGCAUAUGAGACCAAAUGGCUGUCCUGGAGUUAGCCAUGCAGAUCCACAGGCAAUACAAGAACGGAUGAUGUCUGGCCAGCAGCAUCCCAGUCAUCAAUCUUUUCAGCAGCAAAUGGCAAACUGUCAGCCUCAUCCAGCUAUGCACCAUCAGUCUUCACCUCCGUCACAUUCUCAUCACCAACCAUGGACUUCGCUUCACCAGUCACCUCAGAGUACCCCCCAGAAAGUGCCUGUCCAUCAGCAUUCCCCAUCUGAACCUUAUCUUGAUAAAUCUAUGCCGGAUAUGACUCGGAUUGGUGGCCCCAAUACUUCUUUACUGCAUACAGAAGACUUCUUGCCGUCAAUGCAGGCUCAGCCACCACAAAAGAAAAGGAAGAAAAAAAAUAACCAUAUUACCGCGGAUAAUGCAAGUAAAGGUUUUGGUCAGGAAGGUUUCCCUGGAGAGAACCCGGAGUUCUCAAUCGAGGGAGCACCAGAUGGGAAGAAAAAGAAAAAGCCCAAGGUUAAAAAGGAGCCCAAGGAGCCAAAAGAGCCCAAAGCGAAGAAAGAGCCGAAGGAACCUAAGGCUCCUAAACAGCCCAAAGCUCCCAAAGAACCAAAAGAGAAAAAGGUGAAGACAACGACACCAAAAGCAAAGUCCAGCAAGAAGGCAAGUAAUAAGUCUGAUGCUGAGGGCAGUGCACAGAAGAAAAAAGUUGUCAAAGUAAAGCCUGAAGGAGCCGAAGGAGUUGAAGGUGCUGAAAAUGUUGCAUUAGACAAAACCCCUCCCCCUUCACCAGAAGAAGAGGAUGACUCAGGCAUACAGAAAAGGCGCUCCAGUAGACAGGUGAAGAGGAAGCGCUACACGGAAGACCUGGAGUUUAAGAUUUCUGACGAGGAGAUUGAUGAUGCUGAUCCGACAGGAAGAGAUUCUCCCUCAAACACUUCACAGUCUGAACAGCAGGAGUCUCUAGAUGCUGAAGGACCUGUUGUUGAGAAGAUAAUGAGCAGUCGUAUGACAAAAAAACAGCUGGAGUCUGGGGAAGAGGUGGAAGUUGAAGAAUUUUAUGUGAAGUAUAAGAACUUUUCAUAUUUGCACUGCCAGUGGGCCACCGUGGAGGGACUGGAGAAAGACAAGAGGAUUCAACAAAAAAUCAAGCGUUUUCGAGCAAAGCAAGGUCAAAACAAGUUCCUUUCAGAGAUUGAAGAUGAUCUGUUUAAUCCUGACUAUGUGGAAGUCGAUCGGUUAUUGGAUAUUUCCAACAGCACAGAUGAGAAGGGAGAGCCUGUGACACAUUACUUGGUGAAGUGGUGUUCCCUCGCAUAUGAGGAUAGUACAUGGGAGCUGAAACAGGACUUGGAUCCAGCAAAGAUUGAAGAAUAUGAGAAACUCCAGAGCAGGGAGCCAGAAACAGAUCGCGUGGAGCGACCUCCUGCCGACGAGUGGAAGAAAUCGGAGAGUUCCAGGGAGUAUAAAAACAAUAACAGUCUCAGGGAAUACCAGUUGGAGGGAGUGAACUGGCUGCUGUUCAAUUGGUACAACACACGAAAUUGCAUUUUAGCGGAUGAGAUGGGUUUGGGCAAAACCAUCCAGUCGAUCACUUUCCUGUACGAGAUCUUUUUAAAGGGCAUUCAUGGUCCGUACUUGGUCAUUGCUCCACUGUCAACAAUCCCAAACUGGGAGAGAGAGUUCCGCACGUGGACCGAGCUGAAUGUGAUAGUUUAUCAUGGAAGCCAAGCAAGCAGAAAAACAAUACAACUCUAUGAAAUGUACUUUAAAGAUCCACAGGGCCGAGCAAUAAAGGGUGCCUAUAAGUUCCAUGCCAUCAUCACAACUUUUGAAAUGAUUCUGACAGACUGCCCCGAGCUCCGAAACGUACACUGGCGAUGUGUGGUUAUUGAUGAGGCUCACCGACUGAAAAACAGGAACUGCAAACUAUUGGAAGGUCUAAAGAUGAUGGAUCUGGAACACAAAGUGCUGCUAACAGGGACCCCUUUGCAAAACACUGUGGAAGAGCUCUUCAGCCUCCUGAAUUUCCUGGAGCCUGACCGCUUCCCUUCAGAAAGCAACUUCAUGCAAGAGUUUGGCGAUCUGAAAACUGAAGAACAGGUACAAAAACUACAAGGGAUCCUGAAACCAAUGAUGUUAAGACGUCUUAAGGAAGAUGUAGAGAAGAACUUGGCCCCAAAAGAAGAAACCAUUAUUGAAGUAGAGUUGACCAACAUCCAGAAGAAGUAUUACAGAGCUAUUCUGGAGAAGAACUUUACUUUCCUCUCCAAAGGAGGCGGAGGCGGCCACGCGAAUGUCCCUAAUCUGCUAAACACUAUGAUGGAGCUGAGGAAAUGCUGUAAUCAUCCCUACCUUAUUAAUGGUGCUGAAGAGAAAAUUUUGGAAGAAUUUAAAGAAGCGCACAAUGGUGACUUUCCAGAUUUUCCGCUCCAGGCUAUGAUCCAGGCCGCCGGCAAACUAGUUCUGAUUGACAAGCUGCUGCCAAAACUGAAAGCUGGUGGCCACAGGGUGCUCAUCUUCUCCCAGAUGGUGCGUUGUUUGGACAUUCUGGAAGACUACCUCAUCCAACGCAGAUACCCAUAUGAGAGAAUUGAUGGCAGAGUGAGAGGCAACCUUCGCCAGGCUGCUAUUGACAGAUUUUCCAAGCCUGAUUCUGAUAGGUUUGUGUUCCUGCUGUGUACAAGGGCAGGAGGUCUGGGCAUUAAUUUAACUGCUGCUGAUACUUGCAUUAUCUUUGAUUCUGACUGGAACCCCCAGAAUGACCUUCAGGCUCAGGCUCGAUGUCAUCGCAUUGGUCAGAGUAAAUCUGUGAAAAUUUAUCGGCUGAUCACCAGGAAUUCCUAUGAGCGGGAGAUGUUUGAUAAGGCCAGCUUGAAACUCGGCCUGGACAAGGCAGUAUUGCAGUCUAUGAGUGGAAGAGAGAAUGCUACAAAUGGGGUACAACAGCUUUCCAAAAAGGAAAUAGAAGACUUGUUGCGGAAAGGGGCAUAUGGUGCUCUGAUGGACGAAGAAGAUGAAGGCUCCAAGUUCUGUGAAGAAGAUAUUGAUCAAAUUCUCUCCAGAAGAACUCACACCAUCACUAUUGAGUCUGAGGGAAAGGGCUCAACCUUUGCUAAAGCCAGUUUUGUUUCUGCUGGAAAUCGGACGGACAUAUCUUUGGAUGACCCCAAUUUCUGGCAAAAGUGGGCAAAGAAAGCGGAACUUGAUCUCGAUGUAUUAAAUGGAAGAAACACCUUGGUAAUUGAUACCCCACGAGUAAGAAAACAGACCAGACUGUACAGUGCAGUAAAGGAGGAUGAACUGAUGGAAUUCUCUGACUUAGAAAGUGAUUCUGAGGACAAACCCAACAUCAAACCACGUCGGCCUCAGGACAAAUCUCAGGGCUAUGCAAGGAGUGAAUGUUUCAGAGUGGAGAAGAACCUUCUUGUGUAUGGGUGGGGACGCUGGACAGAUAUUCUUUCCCAUGCGCGUUUCAAGCGUCAGCUUUCUGAACAAGACGUGGAAACCAUCUGUCGUACCAUUCUGGUCUACUGCCUAAAUCAUUACAGAGGGGAUGAGAACAUCAAGAGUUUCAUCUGGGACCUCAUUACACCAACAGAAGAUGGGCAGACUCGUGCUCUGGUGAACCACUCUGGCCUCUCUGCCCCAGUACCCAGGGGAAGGAAGGGAAAGAAGGUAAAGAGCCAGAAUGCUCAGCCUGUGCUGAAACACGCGGACUGGCUCCCCAGCUGUAACCCAGACACCUUGUUUCAGGAGGAUAGCUACAAAAAGCACCUUAAACAUCAUUGUAACAAGGUCCUGCUGCGUGUCCGCAUGCUGUACUAUCUCAGGCAAGAAGUGAUAGGGGACCAAGCUGACAACAUCUUGGAGGGUGCUGACUCAAGUGAGGCAGAUAUUUGGAUACCAGAGACAUUCCACGCUGAAGUUCCUACCGAUUGGUGGGAUAAUGAAGCUGAUAAAUCCCUUUUAAUUGGCGUCUUCAAACAUGGUUAUGAGAAGUACAAUUCCAUGCGGGCCGACCCAGCUCUGUGCUUCCUGGAGAGAGUCGGUAUGCCUGAUGCUAAAGCAAUUGCCGCUGAGCAGAGAGGAACAGAUAUGUUAGCAGAUGGUGGAGACGGAGGAGACUUUGACCGAGAGGAUGAAGAUCCUGAAUACAAACCCACAAGGCUUCAAUUUAAAGAUGACAUUGAUGAAUUUGCAAACUCCCCCCUUGAUGACAAAGAGGAAUGCAUGGACAUAGACACGCAAGAGAAGCUUGGUGAGGACAGCACAGAGUUGGGCAAACUCUACUGGCCCAAUACCUCAGCUCUAACUACCCGCCUGCGACGCCUCAUCACUGCCUACCAGCGCAGUUACAAGCGGCAACAAAUGAGGCAAGAAGCGCAGAUGAAGACAGAUCGUAGAAGGAGGCGGCCUCGGGAAGAAGUAAGAGCACUGGAAGCAGAAAGAGAAGCUAUUAUAACAGAGAGACGGCAAAAGUGGACCCGAAGGGAAGAGGCAGACUUCUAUAGAGUAGUGUCGACGUUUGGAGUGAUUGUUGACACUGCUAAACAAAAGUUUGAAUGGAAUCAAUUCCGAGCUUUCGCCCGUCUAGAUAAAAAGUCUGAUGAUAGUUUGGAGAAGUAUUUCAACUGCUUUGUGGCCAUGUGCAGAAGAGUCUGUCAUAUGUCAACCAAGUCUGAAGAUGACCUGUGCGAUAUGUCUAUGAUGAUUGAGCCUAUAACGGAGGAACGAGCUUCUAGGACUCUUUACCGUAUUGAACUUUUGAGGAAAAUUCGGGAGCAAGUUCUUCAUCAGCCACAGUUGAAUGAGCGUCUUAAGCUGUGCCAGCCAAGCCUCGACCUACCAGAAUGGUGGGAGUGUGGAAAACAUGACAAAGACUUGCUGAUUGGUGCUGCAAAACAUGGCGUUAGUAGGACAGAUUAUCACAUCCUCAAUGAUCCAGAAUUAUCUUUUCUAGAGGCUCAUAGGAAUUUUGCUCAAAACAGAGGAAGUGCACAUCCAAACAUGCCCAUCCUUAUACCCCCUGGAUCCAGUUACAGUGACACACCACCGAUAAUGCCCUCUACGCCGGUUCGGGAUGAAAAAGCAAUUGAGCAGGAGGAAAUAAAGUCAGAGAAGACUGAAGAUGUUGACAUCAAGGAAGAAGCAGAGAUUAAAGAGGAGGAGCAGGUGGACUCUGAUGAGAAAUCUGUAAAACAGGAGAGCGACCAUGAAACGCUUAGUGUUAAAAAUGAAAUUAAGAAUACGGAGAUAGCUGAUGUUGAUCCAAAGUCCAUUUCAGAGAAGGGUUCUGAAGAAGAUGAAGAAAAGUUGGAUGAUGAUGAUGACAAAUCUGAAGAGUCUUCCCAAGCAGAAGUCGGGCUACCUUCUCGGGACAAAAAUUUUGAUGAAGAAAGCAACGCCUCCUUGAGCACUGCACGGGAUGAAACUCGCGACGGCUUCUAUUUGGAAGAUUGUGAGACAUCCGGGCUUCACAUGCUGCGAGAGAGGACAUUCUCCUUCUCUUUCUGGCCCAAGGAUCGUGUGAUGAUCAACCGAUUAGACCACAUCUGUGAGACUGUGCUGAAAGGAAAGUGGCCAGUAAACAGGCGCCAGAUGUUUGAAUUCCCGGGGCUCAUCCCUGGGUACACACCAACUGCUGUGGAUAGCCCAUUGCAGAAGAGGAGCUUUGCUGAGCUCUCCAUGGUGGCCCAGGGCAAUUUUAGUGGAAGUGAAGAUAUCUCAGCCUCUCCACAACUGUCUCAGGAAUCUUCGUUGAGCUUGUCUGUACCACGUCAGCGCAGGAGGAGGAGGCGGAAAAUAGAGGUUGAAGCAGAACGAGCGGCAAAGAGGAGGAAUCUCAUGGAGAUGGUGGCUCAACUGCGCGGAUCUCAAAUAGGGGCGGAAAAUGGACAAGAGAAAGUUGUGGAUUUAUCGAACGCCUCCAGGGAGGCAACAAGCUCUACCUCAAAUUUUGCAUCACUUACUUCCAAGUUUAUCUUGCCUAAUUCCUCCACCCCUGUCUCCGAUGCCUUCAAAACACAAAUGGAGCGACUGCAGGCAGGUCUUUCAUGCACACCGACCAGGCACCUACUCAACGGUUCUUUAAUAGAUGGUGAGCCUCCCAUGAAGCGAAGAAGAGGAAGAAGGAAAAAUGUGGAAGGUCUCGAUCUGUUGUUCAUGAGCAACAAACGUAGUUCGUUAUCUGUGGAUGAUAGUGACGUGACCAAAGCAUAUGACGAAGAUCUUGAUACGCCACCAGCCAGAAACAUUCCAUCUCCCGGGCAGCUGGAGCCAGAGACCCGGAUUCCCGUCAUUAACUUGGAGGAUGGGACCAGAUUAGUGGGGGAGGAUGCACCAAAAAACAAGGAUUUGGUUGAAUGGUUGAAACUGCAUCCUACAUACACUGUUGACAUGCCAAGUUAUGUACCAAAGAGCACAGAUAUGUUGUUCUCCCCAUUUCAAAAGCCGAAGCAAAAACGUCAUAGAUGUCGUAAUCCUAACAAGCUGGAUAUCAAUACGUUAACGGGAGAUGAACGAGUGCCUGUCGUGAAUAAGCGCAAUGGAAAGAAGAUGGGUGGCGCUAUGGCCCCUCCUAUGAGAGAGCUUCCUCGCUGGUUAGAAGAGAACCCAGAGUUUGCCGUUGCUCCAGACUGGACAGACAUUGUUAAGCAGUCUGGUUUUGUUCCGGAGUCCAUGUUUGAUCGUCUACUCACUGGACCUGUUGUGAGGGAAGAGGGAUCCAGUCGAAGAGGGAGAAGGCCAAAAAGUGAAAUUGCCAAAGCAGCUGCAGCAGCUGCUGCUGUAGCCUCCACGUCUGGAAUAAACCCACUGCUGAUGAAUAGCUUGUUUGCUGGAAUGGAUCUUGCCAGUCUUCAGAAUCUCCAGAAUCUGCAGUCCCUUCAGCUUGCUGGUCUUAUGGGCUUCCCCUCAGGCCUCACAACUGCUGCUGCCUCUGGAGGGGAUUCUAAAAAUCCUGCUGCCAUGCUGCCUCUGAUGCUGCCAGGCAUGGCAGGGUUGCCCAACAUGUUUGGGCUUAGUGGACUUUUAAACAACCCCUUAGCCUCUGGUGGUGGUAACUCAACUACAGCUUCCAGUCAAAGAGAAACUGAAGAUGGCACUUCAAAGUCAGAUGACAAGACUGAUUCUGACGUGGAUGGCAAAGACUCUGAGAAAAAUACACACACUGUUUCUACUGACUCUGGUGCUGCUACUACCACCACAGCUGGGUUGACUGCAAAUCAUCUGGCCUUCAGUCCUUUCCUACUGUCCACCAUGGCUCCAGGCCUGUUCUACCCAUCCAUGUUUCUACCUCCAGGGCUUGGAGGAUUGACACUGCCUGGGUUUCCAUCACUAGCUGGACUUCAGAGUGCUUUAAGCGCUAGUGAAGAAAAGGCCGCUGACAAAGAAGAAGCAGAGAACCCGGAAGACAGCGACGUAGAGGAGAGUCUGGACAAAACUGCAGAUUCAUCCGUUUUGGAAGAUGACAUGGCACAUGGAGAAGAAUUGGACUCUCCCAAUGCCGAGGAUGAUAAUUUCAAAGACGACGAAUAACAGUCUCAGUUACAGUGUUCUAAACUUUUUGCAAGUGGUAGUCCUACUGUUUACACUCACAGUAAAUGUCCAUAACUAGUUUUUAUAAGCUGUUCUGUAAAAUAGUGUAGCAAAAAAAAGAAAAAAAAAAAAAGUCCAAGUCAUGUCACAUGGAUGUGUCAAAAAGGUAUUUUGAUCAUUAAGUAUUGUGCAGUGCAUUAUUUAUAAUUUCUAGGAGAGGUUUUCAGAGAUAUUUUUUUUUUUUUCUAAAGGAAAUUAACAUAAUGCGCUGCAGCUCUAUUUUUAUUGGUUUUUGUUUUGUUUCUUUCUACCGUUGGUAUUACGAGAGGAGCAGUUUUUGGGAAUCGUGGUGCAAAUGGAAGGACAGGCUGCUUUAUGGAUUUAUAAAGUUAUUUAUCUUUUUGUUUUUCUUUUUUGCUGUGAAGGUCAAGAUGAAUUUCUUACAUAUCAUUAUUUUUUAUUUUAUUUUUUGACUGCAUACUAGCGUUUCUCACACACGACCGUUUCAGACAAUCUCCAUGAAAUAAAUGACGUCUCUGUCCUGAGAGACACAGCAAUACAAGGCAGCUGUUGAAUGUGAAAAUGUAAUCCUUUUUUUUUUUUUUUUUUUUUCCUUUGUUUUAUUUUUUUUUUCUCUUUCACAACACCCAUUGCAAGUCAUUACAGGACAAAACUACAGUUAAAUCGUCUCGUGAUUAUCUAAUGCACUGGUUUAAGCAUAAAAUUUAAAAUCAGGUACCUUUUUUUUGUUUUAUUUUCCUUUUUAUUUUUAAUUUAAAGGACUUUGUUACUUUUAGCCACAAAGCUAAACAGCAUUACCUCAACUCUAAACUAGCCUUGAAGUUUACAGACAUGACUUUGUAAAUGUUUGUGUUAUUUUUUUCCUUUGUUUUAUUUUUGGGGUUUUUUGUUUUUCAUUUUGAAAACUGCUAUCAUGUAAGAUAUACUGUAAAUUGCUGCCAACAGUAGUAAUGAUGCUUUUAAUAAAAGUGAUCCAUGAGAUGCAGUGAUGUAAUUAGAAAACGUAGAAAAAGAAAGUGUCUAGGGAAACCAAAAUCAGAACUGGUGUACACCACUUUAUAUUUUGUAUUCACAAUAGAAGCAAAUACAGUA